UCAAACGGACCAAUGAGAGAAGAGUAGAGGCGGGCUCUCGGAGACACGCGCUUGUCUGUGUGUCACCGAGAGCUGCUUUCUGUGGUCACAUUGGCGCAGGUGCUCGGUGUCGGGAUGCGAGUGAAGCGCGGAGGAGACGGUCGAGGGAGCCUUCUGAUGGAGAAGUGUCCAGGGCUUGAUUUGAAAUAAAACAGAAAAGGAUACCGGCCACCUUCCACCCGCGCUGGGACUCUCGACAAUGAGCACUUCACCGAAAAGGGGCACUUUGAGCUAGGAUGAGGUUAACUUCCGGUGGGGAAUAGUACUAUGAUUUGGUAUGUGGCUACUUUGAUAGCAAGUGUUUUCUGCAGCCGAGGAACGGCCGCUCAAGGUGCCCACGGAGUAAGAGAGGAACCCAAGUUUGUGACGGCGCGUGCUGGAGAGAACGUCAUCCUGGGAUGCGAUGUGUCCCAUCCCUUGAACGGCCAGCCCUACGUGGUGGAGUGGUUCAAGUAUGGAAUCCCAAUCCCAUUCUUCAUCAACUUUCGGUUUUACCCUCCUCAUGUGGAUCCGGAGUAUGCUGGCCGUGCCAGUCUAUAUGGCAAGUCCUCCUUGCGGAUAGAAAAGGUCCGUUCAGAUGACCAGGGCUGGUAUGAGUGUAAGGUGCUGAUGCUAGAGCAGCAAUAUGACACUUUCCACAAUGGCAGCUGGGUGCAUCUAACUGUCAAUGCCCCUCCCACGUUCACAGAUACGCCACCUCAGUACGUUGAAGCCAAGGAGGCUGGGAGCAUCACUUUGACCUGCAUGGCCUUUGGCAACCCCAAACCCUCGGUCAGCUGGCUGCGGGAAGGCAACCUUAUGGUGACCAGUGCCAAGUACAAGGUAUUUGAUGGAAGUUUGACGGUGCUAUCCAUCACACGGGAGGAUCGUGGUGCCUAUACAUGUCGAGCCUUUAGCCCCCAAGGAGAGGCCAUUCACACAACACGGCUGCUAGUUCAAGGCCCUCCGUUUAUUGCGUCACCGCCAGACAAUAUUACUGUCAACAUCUCGCAGGACGCCUUCUUCACCUGCCAGGCGGAAGCCUACCCUCGGAAUCUUACCUACACCUGGUUCUGGGAGGAGGAUAAUGUCUUCUUCAAGAAUGACCUAAAGCGAAGAGUCAGUGUUCUGAUUGAUGGCUCCCUCAUCAUUGCCCAAGUCAAGCCGGAGGAUGCUGGGAAAUACACUUGUGCUCCUAGCAACAGCCUUGGCCACCCACCGACUGCCUCCGCCUACCUGACAGUGCAAUAUCCUGCCCGUGUUGUUAACAUGCCAUCCGUCAUCUACGUGGCCAUCGGUCUGCCAGGCUUUAUCCGGUGUCCUGUCGAUGCCAACCCACCAGUAACUUUGGUCAAGUGGAAGAAAGACGGUCUUCCUCUAAGGAUAGAUAAGUACCCUGGUUGGAGCCAAAUGGAGGAUGGGAAAAUCCGUGUGGCAGAGGUGACAGAGGAUUCUCUCGGCACCUAUACCUGUAUGCCUUACAAUGCCCUGGGUUCCAUGGGAUGGUCCCCGCCCGCUCCCCUGGUGCUAAAGGACCCACCCAAAUUCUCAGUGGUCCCUGGAGGGGAGUACAGACAGGAGGCUGGGAGAGAACUUGUUAUCCCAUGUGAGGCAGAGGGUGACCCAUUCCCUAAUAUAACAUGGAGGAAGGUGGGAAAGUCCAGUAAAAGCAAGCACAAUGUUCUGCCUCGAGGCAGCUUACAGUUCAAGUCACUGACAAAGGAGGACCAUGGAGAAUGGGAAUGUGUUGCCACCAACGUUGCAACGAGUGUCACUGCCAGCACGCAUGUCCAAGUCAUAGGCACAAGCCCGCACUCCCCCACCAGCGUCCAAGUGGUGGCAUCAUCCACCUGGGCCAACGUGUCCUGGGAGGUGGGCUACGACGGAGGCUUCCAGCAGACAUGCUCAGUCUGGUACGGCCAUGUGCUAAAACGAGAGCAUUUAGGCCCCCAUGAUUGGAUGUCCACACCAGUGCCGGCAGGCAGAAAAUGGAUGGCGCUCUCUGGCCUGGAGUCUGAGACAACAUACCAGUUCAGCGUCUUGGCCCAGAACAAGCUUGGCACAGGCCCCUUCAGCGAGGUUGUCACUGUGAACACUUUAGUAUUUCCCAUUAGUACCCCUGAACCACUGGUGCUGCUAACCCCACCACGGUGCCUCACAGCCAAUCGCACGCAGCAGGGAGUCCUGCUCACCUGGAUGCCACCCGCCAAUCACACAGCACCGAUCCAGCAUUAUGUUGUGGAGUUCCGCUUGGGGGAACGAUGGGAGGUCCUGGAUGACAACAUCCCCGCCGGAGAGACAGAGAUGCUCGCUCGUGACCUCAUCCAGGAGGCUUGGUUUGAGUUCCGUGUCUUGGCUGUCAUGGAUGAGAUGAUCAGUGAGCCCAGCAACAUAGUUGGAGUGUCCAGUACAGACUUCUUUCCACCUCCAGAGUUGGUUGAGGAAUCAGGGUUGGCGCGACCACUCAUGGCCGGCAUUGUGGCCACAAUCUGCUUUUUGGCUGCGGCGGUUCUUUUCAGUACAAUGGCAGCCUGCUUUGUCAACAAGCAGCGGCGGCGGAAGCUAAAACGAAAAAAGGAUCCCCCUCUUUCCAUAACACACUGCAGAAAAAGUAUGGCAUCGCCGCCAUCAUCAGGAAACGUGAGCCCAGAAAGCAUUCGCUCCAAACCCUCCUCCCUAGCAGAAUCAUCAGAGGACAGUCAAUCCCAACGUGGGAAUAAACCACCACCAAGUCCAGGGAAGAAGGAGGAGUCUCUGUACACGAGGACCAAAAGAGCAAUAACCAGCAAGAAAUGCAUUUCCAAGCUUGAAGCUGAAGCAACAAUACCCAUUGAACUCAUCAGCCGUGGCCCAGAUGGACGCUUUGUCAUUGAUCCUACUGAUGCAGAAUUGUCUGUCAAGUCCCGAAGAAUUGAGGGCUUUCCCUUUGUAGAAGAAUCCGAUCUCUAUCCUGAAUUCCGGCAAUCAGAUGAAGAAAACGACGAUCUGAGACCUCUUCCACCAGUCAUGGCCCCCCUUCGGCCUCACCAGAUUUCACCCAUCUCCAGUCAUGAGUCCUACCUCCAGCCUCCAGCCUACAGCCCUCGUUUUCAGAGGCCUUUUGAAGGUAUGACCAUCAUGGAGAGCAGUCAACUUCAGGCCACAGGGCAGAUUCGAGGCUCACUCCAUCACAGGGCUUUCUAUGGGUACUUGGGCCCGCCUGGAGAUCAUGAUACUCGUCCUCCUUUUUACAUGACUGAUACCAGUCCCCUUAGCUCUGUGAUGUCUUCCCCUCCAUACUUGAGUGAAGGUCCUUUUGGUUAUCCCAUGAUUCCAGAAGAAAUGGGAGAGGGUGAUUUCACACAAUAUUCUGUCUCCGGCUUCCCUUAUCCUCUGACACUCACUUCUCCUUCUCAUUCACCAGAGUUUUGGCGGGGAAUGGAUUUCACCUUCUCAACUAUGGAGGGGCCCCAAUUAAUUUUCCCACCACAGCCCUCUGUGCGUCUCCGCCAUGACUCUCCGUAUCCACCUCCACCUCAUGUUCUUCCCCUCGGUGCUUUCCAGCCCUCCUCCCUCACGAUGCCUACCUAUCCAUCUGUUUUGCCACUAGUAGGUUCACAGAGCCACUCAAGCAAGUCUCCCAGCAGGGCCAAGCCUCGUGGCUCUCCAGGCAGGCGUUUAGCGAUGCCGGAGGCUCAUUUAAGGCAGCUAAGACACACAAGCCACGAAAUGGGUGUUCCACUUUUUCCUUACACCGAUCCUUUGGCUCACAUUGCCCCAAGCACGUUCAGUAGCCUAGAUACCCGAUGGUUUGAAUCUACCCCUCGUUUUAGUCCAAGACAGAUUCGUAGGAUAGAUUCUGGUGUACAUCAGGUGGUUCUCCAGCCCUCUCGACUUUCCCCUCUCACCCAGAGCCCCUUUAGUUCCCACGAGGGCUCACCUGAGAUUCUUAUACGUCCUCGGCCACGUCCAAACAUUGUUCAAGCUCCCAUACCCCCAGAGAUGUCUGAAAUUACCCUACUACCUCCAUCAACAGCCACCUUCUCAAGGAGAUCUUCCCCUUCUUCCUCACCUGCACUAGGCCAGGGUAGCAGAAGAGCCAGUCCUAGCUAUCGUUCCCACAUGGCCUUUGCUUCAUCUGCGAGCAGCUAUCCAGCUUCCCAGUCCCCAUCACCUCCCAUGGAAAGCAGCAACCUAUGUGGGCAGAUACCAUCUCCGAGGAGGACUGAGGAGGGGAUCCUUCCAUCUGAGCCCUCUCCACCCCAGUUGUCCGCUUCUGGAAAACGUCGAGGGGCGCCUCAUGUUCUUUCAGGGUCUGAGAGGAUUGACCUUCUGCGAUACCAACGUAUAAGAAAAGCAAAGAAGAUGACGAUGAAUAACAAUAAUUCCAAGACUCGGAGGAAAGCAGGUGUCUCCACCUCUCAGACCCAACAGGCCCACACCUCUCAGGUAUUACAGCCCGAAGAAGCUCUCUACCUCCACAGGAAGAAGAAACGGCUCCUCUUUCACGACCCAUACACUCGCUUUUCUGCUCUGCUCUACCGCCGCCCUCUACGGGAAGACCAGAAGGCUAUUUUAGCCUGUAUGGACAAUGUAGAACUUGACCACGCCACCUUCCUCUGAAAGUCCACGCUGGUCAAAGGUCAUGUAGAAUAUUUUACUCUCCAAUGAUAUCUGCUUUUCUUUGCAUUUACUGCUUCGGGAGAGGAGCAAUAGUUCAACAUUUUGGUUUGUCGCCCCCUGUAGGUCAACCACAAUGAGCUUGUUUUUAACGACUGCAGAUGACAUCAUAUCAAGAUGCCAGUUAUACUUCAAAUUUCACUCAAAAUUAAGGUAUUGUGUUGAAAAAUGGGUCUGGAAUUAUUACUCAAAUCUCCAAGAAUGUUGACUGUAGGCUACAUUGUUGAAGAUGGAUCACAUUUCUGAUCAGAUUCAAAUUAUUCCCACUUCAAAAUUCAUUUUCAUUUUACCUAGAGACACAUUACACAAACAUUCCUUCAUUUAAGGAUUUUUUUUCGAAAAUCUAAUUGACAUAUUUCCACAUUUCCCCUCCAAUAUUUCAGUAUCAAAAAAGUUAUUACAGAUAUUUUUCAUAUUCUCCAAAUUCCCACAUAUCCUAAAAAUCCACUACACAAAUGCUCUUUCUUCGUCAGUAUUCUAAGUUAAAACUUCACAUUUCUCAAUCGAAUCCAAAAAUGAUCCGUUUUCCGAAAAUUCCAUAAGCCAAUUUCUCACAGUUCUUAACCCAUUCUCACCAUUUCAUACCCUAAACAUUCAGGCUAACAAUUUUACCGCAUCUCAGAAAUUCACAUUAUACACUAUAGGGAUUGUGAACGACAGAAAAAAAAAUCCCCCAAAAAGUGAAGUUCCACUUAAAAAUGUGGAUUCUGACUUGCAAACCUCAGAAGAGCAAAGAACAUGAGUAACUUCUCGUACUCUAAAGGCGUACUCACACUAAUUAAUUUGUAUCGUGGUUGACUUAGGUUCCAUUCCCUGGUCCCCGCCGGCCUGCGUUCACACAGAUCAUCCAACGUUUUAGAGAGAAUAGAGGUUGCCUUUCGACGUCUACUUCACUUUGAAUCUAAAGUACAUUUCUACCAAUGUUGGUGGGUGGGUGAAUUUUAGCAUACAGCCAUCAUGUUGAGAAGAAUAUACUAUUAGUGGAAUUUAAGACAAAUUUCAGACAUUAAGCUUAUUUUGUUUCACUUCUUCUAAUAGAGUUUUGAUUUAUUUUAUUUUUUUAAAGACCUAAGAAAUAUAUUCCUAGCUCUGACACUUGACAGCAGCAUCCGGGCAGGUUUUAUUUUGUAUGGAAAUAAUCAGUGACAAUUAUCGUUUGUCCUUUAUGGAAUCAGGAGUGAAGAUACAACCCAGUUGCAAUGCCAACAUAAAUAAGUAUUCUAAUCGGUCUGAUCAUGUAGUCGCCAGACUACUGCUUGUGGUACGGACAGCGCUGGUCCAUGGUGGUCCCAGACAAUUCAUGCUUAUGACAGGAAAAGCCAAAAGACAACUCCCGUCACAUAAUGCUGUCAUAAGGUAAAGUUUUCCAACAAAUCAAACCUGGUUGAUCGUGCAAUAUCUUUUUCUUUUACAUUUUCAGUGCCUUUAUUUAUGAUGACAUUUACCCAGUGAUUUGAACUUGCCAAAUUAGAAGGUUAAAACUACUUAUCUUUACUUAUGAUGCCAAAAAAAGUUGAAAUGAGAUAUAUUAAUUAGAGGGUGUCCCUAAAGUCUGAACACACAGGCAAAAAUAAAAACAUCGUUCAAUUACAUCGGUACCUCGGGAUACGAGUUGAAUUGUUUCUGUGGUGCAGCUUGCAUGUCGAAAAACUUGUUUUGCGAAAACAAUUAAAAUCAUUUUAAUUUGGUGUUUGGCGCCGUCAAAACAGCACAGUUAUAACAUGAAACAUCCCAUUUAAAAAGAAAAACAAACUUUUAGAUAAGAAAUAUUACUACUAAAGAAUUUAGUACAAACAACUAGUAGUUUUAUGAAGUAAUGUAAUAAUAAUGUACAGUAUUUACCGUGGACAGCGGACUUGUUUGAUAUCUCCUUCCAGCGGCUUCUCCGUGAACUACACCAUCAGCAGCCUCUUUAUUUUUGUAGAUAAAUGUCAGCUAGACAUUUAUCUAUCAGACAUUUAACAUCCUUGGCUGGCGUUAACUCAUUCUGCUUCAGUAUUGUGCAGACUAGCAGUGCUAUGCUAACUAGCUACACGCUCUGUCAUGUUUUUGAUGAUUUUGUUCUUUAAUUCAAUGAAUGUCAUCCACUUAUUCUUCUCAGCACUGUCCUUCACACUCACUUCAUUCCUUCCUAUGUUGGAAAAACAAAGUUAUGUCCAUAUCUAGCUAAAAGCUAAUGCUAGCGAGUAAGACUCGAUGUUUUGGUCGGAUUUGACAUCUAUUGGGCCAACUUGUGAUGGGGAUGCUAAUAACCGGAAGUUUUGAGCAGAACCUCAAACAUAACAAUUAACCGGAAGGCAACUUGUAUUCGAAAAACUCUUAAGCUGAGGCACUCCUAUCCGAGGUACCACUGUAUUAAAAAAAUAUAUGUAUAAUAUAUAUAAUGUACACAUAUAACAUGAGAGUAAUAAAAUAUUUAUUCAAAUUUAAUUAAUGUUGAUAAAAAAUGUUUUAUAAUUUUGUUGUAAGUGUUUUUUUUAUGAAUUGAUAUAUUAUUGAAUGUACUAUUUCUUGAUUUUUUUAUGAUGCAAUCUUUUUUAGGGUAUAUAAUAUAGGUAUUGUGUAUGUAAAUGUGGGCUAUUUCACUAAUUAUUUUGCUUGGUACGCUUUCUAAAUAAACUUAAAUGUUUUUUUCACUCAAAAUCUGACAAAACGCAUCAAAAUGUGUAUCGGCACGUUUAUUUAUUCUUUUGUACGAGGUUUCCAAGCAGAGGAUGACUCAUUUAUUUAACAGGACUGAACGUUUUUAGCCUAGAAUUAGCAAAUACAUGAAAUCGAGCCACAUGAAAUUAGCACAUACUAGUGAUUCAACAAAACUAUUUCUUUAAACAAGCCACAAUAAACUAUUUGGUAACUGUGCUAAGACUUCACCCCUACCCUCAGUCCAAGUUGAAGUAUGAUAGAAUAUUCAGACAAAAAAAUGAGUGAACUCAAUUUCGGCCUGCAGAGGAUGUAAAUGAUGCAACUCCCUGUGGACCAUAAUAUGUGUGGAAUGAUUCUAGAAAUGCGUAAAAAAAUAUAAAAUUUCUGAAGGAUUUAACAUUAUUGUAUUUCAUGGUAAAGUAUCAUUUUAAGGCAGGCAGCAAAUGUAACUUUUUCCAGUGUUCAAUAUUGGGGUGUCCCGAUAGUACUUUUUCCACUUCUGAUACGAUACCGUUAUUGGAGGCUAGAGCUUUCACCGAUACCGAUAUGAAUCCAAUACGAUAUCAGCACAACACACUUUUGUUUUCUAGUGUGUAAUGUUUGAAAUAAAGUUGAUUAAAUUAAAUCAAUCAAACGUUCCCUCCGGGUACUCCGGCUUCCUCCCACCUCCAAAGACAUGCACCUGGGGAUAGGUUGAUUGGCAACACUAAAU